AAUUUUUACGGUUUUCCAGCUCGCCUACACUCGGACGCCAGGGGUCGUGCACGGAGAAGAAAUGCUGGACGCAGACGCCAAAGGUCCGGUGCGAGUAGCGUCGCUGUUGUUUGCAGUGCUCUCUGCAGCCCUGUGGCAAGUUUUAUAAAAAUAGCAGUGGUGGUGGUGAAUAAUCGGCGCUGGUGGAUUAUCAAGUCCCAGUGAAAGGGGAAAGCAGGUGGAAUCAGUUCAGUAGGGGAGAGAGAGAGAGAGAGAGAGAGGAUGGCGAGGGAUGCCGGUUGUUUAAUUGGUGGUGGCAGCUUAUUUGAUUAUACCUGUGCCUGAGCUUCUUCCUACACCCCUUUCUCCUCCUUCCCUUCCUCCCGAGUACCUGCUUCUCUCUUAUUGGCUCUUCCCUCCAUCGCUCCGCAGCUUGCCCUUUCACACCAGAACAAGAGAUGGAUUAGCUUUCUGUAUCACUAUUUAAAGAAAGAGGAGAUGAAACGAGAGCAUCAAGACGCCGUCGACGGCGGAGGCAGUUGGUAACCCGAGGCAGCGGAGAUGGAGCACGAGAAGGGGAAGGACACGAUGGGGGCUGAGGAGGACGGCGGCGUCGAUGAGCUUCUGGCGGCGCUGGGGUACAAAGUCCGGUCGUCGGACAUGGCCGACGUUGCGCAGAAGCUGGAGCAGCUGGAGAAGGCCAUGGGGAGCAGCACCGCCGCCAACGAUGACGCUCUCUUCUCCCACCUCGCCUCCGACACCGUGCACUAUAACCCCUCCGACAUCUUCACAUGGGUCGACAACAUCCUUUCGGAGCUUAACGCACCUCCUACCCCUCUGGCCCCGCCGCCGCCACCACCACCACCCGCCCUCCCGUUGCACAACCGCCACCACCAACGUCAUUUUGAUCUCCCACUCGCUGCCCCGGAACAAUCCACCAUCACCACCGUCGACCUCCCAACCGCACCCCGGCAUCUGGCGGACAACUACGACCUCAAACCACUGCCUGCUCCUCACGCCGCCGCCGGUAGGAUCGUGUACGGAUCAGAUGCCCAGUCUGUAGUUGCCCCGUCCCCGAGAGAUCGGAAGAGGUUGAAGGUCUGCAGCUCGCCUCCUUCGUCAUCCUCGACCACAGAUGUGGCGAAGUCGGACAAGGCGUUGCCGGUGGUGGUGGUCGACACGCAGGAGGCGGGGAUCCGCCUCGUCCAUGCACUGAUGGCGUGCGCGGAAGCGGUGCAGCAGGAGAGCCUCAAGGCGGCGGACGCCCUCGUGAAGCAGAUCACAGUGCUGACUACGUCCCAGGGCGGCGCGAUGCGAAAGGUCGCCGGGUACUUCGCCGAGGCCCUCGCUCGCCGCAUCUACCGGCCGCAGCCCCACCGGGGCGUGGGCUGCUCCUCCCGGGACUCGGCGGCCUUGGACAACAUACUCCACGUGCACUUCUACGAGAGCAGCCCCUACCUCAAGUUUGCCCACUUCACCGCCAACCAGGCCAUCCUCGAGGCCUUCGCCGGCUGCCGCCGCGUCCACGUCGUCGACUUCGGGAUGCGGCAAGGACUGCAGUGGCCAGCCCUCCUUCAGGCCCUCGCCCUCCGCCCCGGUGGCCCGCCCUCGUUCCGCCUAACCGGCAUCGGGCCGCCGCAGCCCGAUCACUCGGACGCCCUGCAGGAGGUAGGGCGGAAGCUUGCCGAGCUAGCCGACACCAUCCGUAUCGACUUCCGCUAUCGCGGCCUCGUGGCCUCCAGCCUCGCGGACCUGGAGCCUUACAUGCUGCUCGGCCCGAACACCAGCGAUUGCAGCGACGGAGGCGAGGACGAGGAGCCAGAGGCGGUGGCGGUUAACUCUGUGUUCGAUCUGCACGGGCUGCUGGCGCGGCCGGGAGCGCUGGAGAAGGUGCUAGGUACGGUCCGGGCGGUGCAGCCGCGGAUCGUGACGGUGGUGGAGCAGGAAGCUAACCACAACGGAGGGACCUUCGUGGAGCGGUUCACGGAGGCGCUGCACUACUACUCGACCAUGUUCGACUCGCUGGAGGGUGGAGCCUUGGCAGCGGAUGCGGCCUGCGGUGGAGGGAGGCGGGACCAAGCGUUCUCGGAGGUGUACCUGGGGCGGCAGAUCUGCAACGUGGUGUCGUGCGAGGGGGUGGAGCGGACGGAGCGGCACGAGACGCUGGCUCAGUGGCGGGUGCGGAUGGGCCGCGCAGGCUUCGACCCCGUCGCCAUCGGCUCCAAUGCCUUCAAGCAGGCCAGCAUGCUACUGGCCCUCUUCGCCGGUGGCGACGGCUAUCGGGUGGAGGAGAAGGAAGGCUGCCUCACCCUGGGCUGGCACACCCGGCCCCUCAUCGCCACCUCUGCCUGGCGCGUCGCCGCCUCCGCCGGCGGUGAUCCCAUCGCCGCCGCCCGCUGAUCAUCAAAACUGCCCCUCCCUCCUGUUCGAACGCCGCUCAGCCGUCCGAUGGCUUCUCUAGUCGCUCUACUGAUCCACCAUGUCUUUGUGGGUCCCUGUUGGGGUGCGGUUCAAUCGACCGCGGUUGCUGGCUUGGCCCUGGGCACACUGCGGGCCCUGUUCUCCUCCUUUCUCCGUUGUGUUAAUUUUGUUUGCCUACCUUUUAACCUCUCGUCCUCUCUCCUGUUCGAAAAUGUAGCGUGCCUAUCUACGAUCUGUCCACCAUCCAGUCUGGUAAAUAAGUGAAGAGCAGCCUUAUCUUAUUUAGCUUUUUUCUUUAA